CUCCUAUCCUCAUGAAACUUUGCCAGGAAGAUUCGCCACGCAUUUCACACCGGUCUUUGUUUCGGAGUCUUAUAUCUCGGACCACGACCCAAGCCGAUUUUCGCGUACUUCAGAGCUUUAUAAUGCAUAGUGUUCGCCGUGCUGGGAUUAAACUAAGGGCCGUCAUGACCAAGAAUCGCCCAUCUCACGCCAUAGAAGCGCGUUCUAGGGAGCCCGGUCCACCGAAGCGAAGCUACCUUCUUGAACUUCCCACAGAGUUACUACUGGAAAUUAUCUCACAUUUAACGGUGUUACCGCAGGCCUGUCUUGCGUUGACCUGCAAGAGACUUCUCUCAAUAUCCGCCACCGUUCUAGAAUCUAAAUCGCUUCGGUUCAGUCGCGAUUUUGCUCCUCUUUUCCACCAUUAUCGCAAUGGACAUACCUUUGCUACAACUCGAUGGCAGCUGAUCAAGUUACUCGAGGAUGCCCGUUGGCGAGCCUGUUCAAGAUGCCUGAAGCUACACUCGCAAUCUGCUUUCCCCCCCCGACAAUUGAGGCGCAAUGCCGAGACGCGGAUGUGCAUACUAGGUGAUCUUGCCGGUGUGGUUGACCUAUGCCCUUGCAAGAAGUUGACUUUCCGCGACAAGCUGGAGCUCAUUGAAAUCUUGAAGAUACGACAGAAGGCUCUGCCACUCCUGACGUCACAAUUCGGUGGUGUGGAAGAGCGCUUCUGCUGGCACUCGUGCUCUGUGGAAUAUGGACCUACUCAAAUUCGAGUUGAAAUCUACCCUGAGCUGGACGGUGAUGACCAGCUGAAAAUCAGAACCGAAUACCACUUGACAACAGUCGCGGGCCAGCUUGGUGAGGAGAAUUAUAUGACCGCUCGCUUUGGAUGUGCACAUCGCUCGGUGGAUCUAUGGCUCUCCGGCGUCUGCCAUACCGCGCUUUGCCAGCCGAACGAGAAUUACUGCUCUUCAUGUCGGCGAAUCUCGGUCUGCAGCUCUUGCAACACUCUUCUAAGAUGUCCACGAAAACAGCCUCGGAUAGAUGAAGCAGCCGGCACGGCGACCUACACAUUCUGGACCGAGAGGUGCCUUGGACCCCCCUCGCCUAUACCGGAUGCAAUAUGGGCUGCGCAGAGAAUCCAUCCUGCAGAAGCUUUAGUGGAUCUGGACAAUUGUCGUGAACUGUGUCCAUGGAGACGGUUAGAGAGCCAUCCUCCUCUUCGCAAUGCUCCGUCGCUAGAGAUGGACAUUCUUGUCCCUGCUUUCCAGGAUCAGUCCCUGAAUCAGCUAUAUAGCUCCAUUGACACAAACUGAGACUGGUUAAUGAGAUUAGGGUUCUGCGUGCGGGUUUAGUGCGUGCUUCAUAGCGAUCGGUGUUGCUUGGGUCCUGGGUUCAUAAGCCAUUAUUUCCUGAGAUAUCAUUUCCAUAGACUUGAUUUAGCGCAACAAUCCUUCCGAUCUC